AUGGCAUUUUUAGGACAUUGUGGUGCUAUACUCUUUAGAGGUCGGCAAAUAGAUCAUGUACGAGAUUUUGGUUGUGGGAAAUUAUAUUAUAAAACAUUUUAUAUUGAUGAGCCAACGAAUGUUAUAUAUGUUGGAGCAAUGGAUCGAGUAUUUCGCCUCAAUUUACAAAACAUCAGUCAAUCUCUGUGCGAUAAUCAAAAGGAUGUUGUAAUAUUGGAGCCAACAGGAUCAGAUAUCCUAAAUUGUGUCUCAAAGGGUAAACGAGAAUUAUUUGAAUGCCGUAAUCACAUAAGAGUAAUACAACCAAUGGACCAUGGGAGAAAAUUGUACAUAUGUGGAACGAAUGCUCAUAACCCUAAGGAUUAUGUUAUAUAUUCCAAUUUAACACAUUUACCAAGGAAUGAAUAUGUACCGGGUAUUGGAUUAGGUAUUGGUAAAUGUCCUUACGAUCCAUUAGAUAAUUCAACAGCUGUUUGGGUUGAACAUGGUAAUCCGAAUGAUUUACCAGGAUUGUAUUCAGGAACAAAUGCUGAAUUUACCAAAGCCGAUUCAGUAAUUUUCAGGUCUGAUUUGUAUAAUUUAACAUCCGGCCGGAAGGAGCAUAAUUUCAAAAGGACACUCAAAUACGAUUCUAAAUGGCUUGACAAACCAAAUUUCGUUGGCUCAUUUGAUAUUGGAGAAUAUGUGUAUUUCUUUUUUCGUGAACGUGCUGUUGAAUAUAUAAAUUGUGGUAAAGCAAUUUAUUCACGUAUUGCCAGAGUGUGUAAAAAUGAUAAAGGUGGCAAAUAUAAUAUUAUUGGACAAAAUUGGGCAACAUAUUUAAAAGCACGAAUAAAUUGUAGUAUAUCAAGUGAAUUUCCAUUUUAUUUCAAUGAAAUUCAAUCAGUUUAUAAAAUGCCAAAUGAUAAUAAUAAAUUUUAUGCAACAUUUACAACAAAUACACAUGGUAUUGUUGGAUCAGCUAUAUGUAGUUAUGAUAUACGUGAUAUAAAUGCGGCAUUUGAUGGAAAAUUUAAAGAACAAGUUUCAUCAAAUUCAGCAUGGCUUCCGGUACUUAAUUCAAAGGUUCCUGAUCCAAGACCAGGAGUUUGUAUAAACGAUACAUCAACGCUCCCAGAUUCAGUACUUAAUUUUAUUCGAAAACAUCCGCUUAUGGAUAAAGCCGUUGAUCAUGAACACGCGCAACCUGUUUUCUUCAAAAGGGAUGUCAUUUUAACAAAAUUAGUUGUUGAUAGGAUUCGAAUCGAUAAAUUAAAUCAAGAAUAUUUAGUGUAUUUUGUUGGUACAAAUACUGGCAGCAUAUAUAAAAUUGUACAAUAUACAAAAUUUGGUCAACGUCACUCCAGUUUAUUGGAUAUAUUGGAUAUAGCUAAAAAUGAACCAAUACGAGAAAUGGGCAUUAGUAAGAAAACAGGAUGUCUAUAUAUAGCAACGGAUCAUAGUGUCAAACAAAUUGAUUUAGCAAUGUGUAAUCGCCGUUAUGAUAGCUGUUAUCGUUGUAUACAAGAUCCAUAUUGUGGUUGGGAUAAAGAUACAGGUGCUUGUAAACCAUUUCAAUUAGGUUUAUAUCAGGAUGUUGGAAAUGAAACAUCUGGCAUAUGUGAUACAAGUGUCCUUAAAAAGAGAAUAACAGCCUCAUAUGGGCAAACAUUACAUUUAUCAUGUUUUGUUCGUGUACCAGAAGUAUUGCGACAAAAAAGUAUUAGAUGGUUUCAUCAUUCAGCUGAAAAAGGAAGAUACGAAAUCAACUAUACACCAUCAAAAUAUAUAGAAACAUCUGAGGGUGGCCUCGUUGUAAUUUCAAUAAAUGAAGGAGAUGCAGGACGUUAUGAUAGCUAUUUGGAUGGAACACUUUUAUGUAGUUACAGUGUUAACGUUGAUGCUCACAGGUGUACGCCGCCAACUAAAAAGAAUGACUACCAAAAAAUUUAUUCACAUUGGUGUAAUGAAUUUGAAAAAUAUAAAUCAGCCAUGAAACAAUGGCAGGAAAAACAAGAGCAAUGUCACGCAAAAGACAAAAAAGGUGUCAAACACAUAAACGAUGUUAUAAUUGAUGAUAAAAUAGUCUGACCUAAAGGCGAGUCAUCGUUUGAUAAAAGACUGACAUUUUAGCUUUUCAAAGACAAUAUUUUAAUUUAUCUUUUAUCAAAUUAUUAUUAUUAUUAUAAUUUUUAUUAUUAUUGUAAUACUAGACAAAAAACAGAGUUUUAAUUAAGCCACAAAAUAUGAAAAAUGCUAUUAAUAUUAUUAAAAAAAAAAAAAACAAAAAAAAAACUACAAAUACUAAGAACCAAUAAGUUACUUUUUAAAAAUGUAAAAUAGAACCGAAAUUUUAAAAUGUAAAAUAGCAAGUAUAAAAGUUUAUUUUACGAAAAAAAAACAUCAGCUCAAAAAUU